AUGCCAAAUCCGCCAGCUAAGGAGGAUACUUGGGCUUUUGGGCCAAUUGGUUCACCAUUUCCAGAUAAUCCGGUUCGAGCUACCGGACAGCAAAAUAUGUAUGUAGCAUUAUGGUAUAAGCAUGGUAAACCAAUACACGGACGAGCAUGGAAUAAUGGCGGUGUUAUCGAAUGCUCAUUCCCGUAUAUCAGAGCUGAACUAACUGGUGCCAAAGAUCUUGGUGGACAAAUUCAGGUUUUGCAAUAUAAAGGAGAUCAUUUAACACUUGGUUUUUGGUAUAAUUGGAUUAAAUAUAAGGAUCGAUUCGAGAAAUUUGAAAAAGGAGCUGAACUGUUGCGCUGUGGUGAUUCAUUUCCAAUCUUUUGGCAUGAUCGAAAAGAGGGACCGCUACUUGGCUAUGUUGAUAAUAAAACUGAAAUUGCACGAUUUUCACAUGAUGGAAGAGUGGAAGAAGUUUCAGGCGGUGCGCUAAAUGAUAUGCUUAUCAUCGUACGUGAACUAAAAGGUGGACCGCCAAAUUGUGUUUGUCAUGAAUGUAGCGUUGGGCCACCGAAACCGGUUAUUCGUAUUACACUUGAUGAAUGGGCUGAUUUUCGUUAUGGUGAUCCAUGGCCAACAACUGGUAAACCAGUUCAGGCUCUAGACCGAGCUCUUAAUACUUUACCUGAUGAAAAUCCGAAACAAUAUGUGGCACUAUGGUAUCAAUCCGGUGAACCGGUUAUGGGUCGAAUUUGGAAUGAUGGCGGAAAAAUUGCUGCAUCAUUUGGCUGGGGUGGUCAUGAAUAUCGUAAAAAUAUUGGUUCAAUUCAAGUUUUAUUUGAACUUCCGGAAAAAAUACGUGGUUUUGACUACGCAUGGAAACCGUUUAAGGAAGCAGCUCAAUUCGGUACAAAAGAAUGGAUUCCAGUACACGUGGAUCAUCAUAAAGGCAACAUUUCUCCAGCUGUAUUAAUCAUCGAUGGUAAAGAGAUUCUUGGUAAAGCUGAUAUCCGUAACGAACGUGCAACGGUUGGCCAUGCUGGAACCGAAAAAGUGUACGUUGGCCCUGCAGUACACACGUGCGUCGUUUUAUGUCGAAAAGCAAAACCUGGUUGUACAAUCAACUGA